CAAGAGUGAUGAUAGAUUAGUUCUUUGUCACAGGUGAGCGCCUGGAACAGUCUUGGUCGAUUGUCCCGGUAGAGUGUAGGCAUAAUGCAAUAAGUAGAAUUUUUACUUUAAAAAAUUCCAAAAUACAUGGUUUAAAAACAGUUUCGGGAACUUAAUUAGUGGAGUUACUGUUUGUUAGACGAUGCCUUCACUCUAUAGAAUCUUAUUUUUACUACUGGGACUUUUUCCAUUAUAUCGACUACAGUUUAGAUCUACAAAUUCCAAUAAUAAUCUAAAUGCUAAUUUUGUGCAAUGGAUGAAUGGACUAUUUUAUCUACCACCGGAUGGACAAUUACGUGUACGAAAGGAAUAUAGAACUUUAACAGAUACAGAGCGUAAUGAUUUUCACAGAGCUCUUGUUAUGUUAAAAAGAGACCGAAGCAUAACACCAAAUAAAUAUGACGCCUUGGCUUCACUUCAUCAUCUUAACACUGCUGCUGGAGCUCACGGAGGACCAAAUUUUCCUGGAUGGCAUAGAGUUUAUCUUGUCUUGAUUGAAAAUGCACUGAGAGAAAAAGUACCAAACGUAACAUUGCCAUACUGGGAUAAUACUCUGGAUGCCAACCUACCUGACCCAAGACUAAGCAUAACGUGGUCCCCUCUAUUUUUGGGAUCCUCAAGAGGAGUUGUACGAACAGGACCGUUUGCAGGAUGGAAUACACCCUAUGGAGCUCUUCGUAGAAAUGUCGGAACAGACAGAAGACUUAUGUCCUCCACAGAUUUAGGCUUGAUUUUAUCACGACGUUGGUUAUGGGAAAUCACUAAUCCAAGCGCCUCUGAUCAGUAUAAUCUGGAAUUGCUCCACAAUCAUGUUCACGUUUACGUAGGCGAACAAAUGAGCAGAAUAGAAUCAGCAUCAUAUGAUCCGGCGUUUUUUACUCAUCAUACAUUUAUCGACUGUCUAUGGGAAGAAUUUAGGGAAAGACAACGAGCAAGAGGCAUUAACCCUGGGAGAGAUUAUCCUCGUAUUGUAGGUGACAAUCAACAUCAGCCUCUUGUACCUAUGGGACUUGGAAGACUUCUUGUAAUUGAUGGAAUCAAUGACAUCUUUACACGCCGUAUAUACAAAUGCGAGAAAAGACCAACGUGCGUACAGGGCACCAAUCAUUGUGGAUCACAGUAUCUCAGAUGUAAUUGGUCCAACCGCCAGUGUUUGCCUUUGAUUAUGGGAAGAUCUGUAGCCCCACAACGAACAGCACGUCCGCAAUGGUGGCAACGAAAUGGUAUCGCCAACCAAGUAUUUGGCAAAUAAUUAGCAUAUUAUUUUAAAGGAAAUGGUGCCAUUUAUUUUUUUACUUUUGGAAACAAAACGAUUUUUUUCGUUUAAAUUGGAAUUUGCAGAAAUAUUUUUACAGGAGAUUCAAGUUUUCCAUGAAAUGGCAAAAAUUGACAUUAAGAACAGAAUUAAAUUACAAAAGUUGUCGGUGCGAAAAAGGCAUAUGAAAGCAGCCAAUGCAUUAAGAGACAAAUGAAAAGUGCUAUUUAACUGUUAAAAUGUCAUCCUCGAAUGAGUAUCAUGUUAACAUUUUAAUACGUGGUAUACUCAUGGACUAUAUUUUUAUUGUGUUUUGUUUACCAUGAGAUGGUUAAAGAAAAUACAAACUGUAACUGCUUUUUUCCACAUCAUUGAACACUUUUUAAUUGUGACAAGAAACGUAAGGGUUGCUUGUAUAUUAUAAUUUUUUUUUUUUUUUUUUUUUUUUUUUGCAAAACGGUGUUGUCAAGAAUAGAUAUGCGAAAUGCCGUUGAAUGAAAAUAAAAUAUUGUCAUGAUUGCUGUUCAAAUACAUACUAAUAACUUGACAGUUGAAUAGAUUUAUAAUAUAUGGAUAUGAACAAUACCUUACAUACAGAUUUUAUAUCUUGUUGUCAACUAUCAAGUUUUUGUUCUCCCUUUUCCGUUUUUUGUUUGGUUUUAUUAAAUGAUGAUAAAACAAGAUAUCAGAUAUUCACCGUGUAUAUAUUAUUGAUAUCUGAAAGACCUGCAUCGUUCUUCCAGAUUAAAAGUAUGCCUUUAUUUCAAAAUUUAGAAAGUCGAUACCAAAAGAAUGAAAUAUUAUAGUUGAAAGGUUGGCUAUUGGGCUGACUAUACAAAAGUAAGAAUGUCCUAUUGACAAUAGAGGGUAAAACAGAAAUAAGAAUAUUUUGAGAGGAGACACAUUGUUAAAUCAAAUUGUCAUGUUUAUUAAACUUUGGCAACCGAUUUAAAAUUGCCUCUUUUCGGUGGCCACUUAGCUUGUGUGUAUUAUUUUAUUGUUUUAUUUUUUAUAAGCUCAGUUUUUUUUUAUCAUUGGUCGGAAACUUGAUAUUUCGAAUCUUGAUUAUUUCAACGUUUAGAAUAUCGAAUUUCUCAUUUUCUAUCUCAAAAGCACUCUCUCUUUUACAACUUUCAAACUUUCAAAGUAACGUUCUUAAAGUUAUAAAGCUGCUAGUUUAGCUCACUUGGUAAAGCUUAUAUCCAAACAUGUAUGAAUAUAUCCUCAGUCUUUAUUUGACAUAUAACUUGAUCCAAAAAGGAAGUCCCAUUUCUCCAUCUUUUUUGGAUUUUUCUUUUAUAAUAUUUCAAUACAUAGUUUAUAAACGUCUAUAUACGAAAGAUAUUUAAUUAUAAAAACAAUCAAAUAUUUUGAUAUAUGUGUUUGUUAAAUUACCUAUAUACUAUGAACUUUUAGUAAUUUCCCAGUCAUUAUUUGUUUAAACAAACCAACGUAUAAGUAUAUGUAUCCCUUCAUUUAAAAUCUAAAUUAUGUUGAAUUUUAAAAAUAAAUGACUUUCUAUCAUUUGCAAGAUCACCUAUUAACAGUGUGUGAAACAUAAUGCAAUAUUUUGAAUUAUGAAACAUUGGUAUUCUUCUAUUUAGCUAUUAGUUUACCAGUUUUAACAUACAAUUAACAAAAGAGUUAACCUUAACCUGUUAAUGUAUGAAUUCACAGAAUGUUCGCAGAAUUUGAAUUUUCGAGUAGAAGUCACUGUCAGAUCAUUGAUUUUGACUGUGAAAUCGGGAUAAAUGUGUAUUGUAUUUUUAAAAAAAAAUAUUUUGAACAAACAAAAUACUAACCAUAUCAUUGCUUAUGUUUUUAAACAUUACACGUUUAAGAUUUUCUCUUCCAAAAGACUGAAAAGCUCAUUGACUAUCAUUUUUAAACACUUUAAUCACUUGUUCAUAACAAAUAAUCAUGUUUAAAUUUUCUAAUGCAACCACAGACUUAUUAAACGUACAGAAAAACUGGAAUGAACAUCUGAUUAAUACAUUUGUUAUUUGGUGACACAGAAUAAGCACUUAUCUGCAUUUAACAAUUGAAAAUUCUGGUUCAAAUUUCUAAAAUUCCGUGAUGAUAUAUUAAAAUGCAGAUAUUUUUUUUAUGUGAUACCAUGAUUUAUUUGUAUGAAAUUGAUGCAUUAGUAGUUGUAAAAAGUAUCUACACAAGUUAUUGAUUUAAUUAAAGAUAUAAAAUAUUGA